UCAGCCAGAGGUCCUGGCGGUGACGCCGGGUCUGACGCGGCGCUGACUGUGCCGAGGAGACGGUGCCUUCUCUCGGCCCUGCCGCGGCCGCGGCCCCGAUGGUGAGGGCGAGGCGGGCGGGCAUGGACUUCAGCGCCCCGUCCGCGUUCGAGCAGCAGAAAGGUGACUCAUCGGAGGAAGUGGACCUGAGCCUGGUCUACCAGGCGGCGUCCAAUGGAGAUGUCGGUGCGCUGACCGCCCUGAUCCGGGAGGACCCCUCCGUCCUGGAGUCCUGUGACAGCGAAGGGUGCACGCCCCUGAUGCACGCGGUGUCCGGACGGCAGGUGGACACGGUGAAGCUGCUGCUGAAGAUGGGGGCCAGUGUCAACACCCAGGACGCCCGCGGCCGCACAAGCCUGUGCCUGGCGGCCUACCUGGGCUGGCUGGAGGGCUGCCUGAGUCUGCUCAGAAACGGAGCCAAGCACCACAUCCCCGACAAGAACGGCCGGCUGCCCCUGCAUGCGGCCACCGCCGAGCCCGACGUGAGGCUGCUGACGGUCCUGGUGCAACAGUCCAGCCUCAGCGAGGUCAAUCGCCAAGACAGCGAGGGAAUGACACCCCUCCACUGGGCAGCUUUCCACAACCAGCCUCAGCACACCCAGAUCCUGCUGAAGAAAGGGGCAGACCCCACCCUUGUGGACAAAGACUUUCAGACGGCCCUCCACUGGGCAGUGCAGAGCGGAAACAGGGCCCUGUGCUCCAUCAUCCUGAGCCACCACCGGGGCCCGUCCAUCAUCAACUACGACGACGGGAGCGGGAAGACCUGCAUGCACAUGGCCGCGGCCGCCGGCUUCAGCGACAUCAUCACCGAGCUGGCCCGAGUCCCCGAGUGCAACCUGCAGGCGCUGGACGUGGACGACAGGACACCCCUGCACUGGGCGGCCGCCGCGGGCAAGGCGGAGUGCGUGCGGUCCCUGCUGGACCUGGGCGCGGACAGCAACCUGCGGGACAUCAACGAGAGCGCGCCCCUGGCCUACGCCCUGUGCGGGGGCCACGCGGCCUGCGUCCGGCUCCUCUCCCGGGAGAGCAGGACGGAGCCUGCUCGGCCCCCGCCUUCCCAGAGCGGCAGGCCCCCGAAGAGGGAGGGGCGAUUCGGCGUGCUCAACCAGAUCUUCUGCAAGAGCAGGAGAGGAGAGCCGAGGGCCUCCCCGAAGGAUCCCAGCGGGGACGGCCCCGGGGGGGAGCACAGCUCGGAAGUCGAUGACAUCAUCACCACCUUCGACAGCAUCGUGGAUACCAACUGCCAAGAACAGCCUGGGGACCGGGUGGCUAUGGUUGACUUUAAAAAGAGGACCCCAGAGAAUUCAAGGUACCUCUUGCCAGAGAAGAAGCCGGUGGCCCGUCAGGGGCUUCCACCAAUCAGAACGCAGAGCCUCCCGCCCAUCACCCUGGGCAGUCACCUCCUGAUGGCCUCCCACGGGGCUCCUGCCCACGUGAGCCUGGGCCCCGGCACCCAGCACGUGGCCCCGAAAUCUCAGAAGAGCCGCAGCGAGCAGGAUUUACUGGACAACAGGACUGGCGGCCCGGCCCUGCUGGACCAGCCCUGGAGAGGCGACUGCGGCCAGGUGCUCCGCAAGGCGUGGACCGGGUCUCCCGCCGAGAAGCUGCUGGACAGGUUGCUCGCCGGCAGGUCCAGGUACCAGGAAGUCCUGGGGCCUCGGCACCUUCCUCACCUGCGUGACCUGUCAUCAGGACAAAAUUUUCAGCAUCUCUCCCCAAAGAGACCCCAAAUCAGAGACCUUCCCUUCACCCGGAACAGCCUAGCUCUCCUGGCCGACCAAAAAUUUCUGUCUGGUGAAUCUCUCCGAACAAACCGGGUGCUCCCUGCCAUUCCGAGCCAGCGGGGACACGGCACAGCCACUGAGGAGAGGGGACACUCUGCCGCCCCCACCGCAGAUGAAAACUGAUCACUGACUGUAAAUACAGAUUCUAUAUAUUUUCAGCUGUCAGAGGAUGAGAUUACUCUAGUUUGUAAGAUUAGAAGAGUAAUGUCCUAAACUGCAUUCUAUAAGCCAUUCGCCGUUUUAUUACCAGAAUUCUUCGUUCCAAACAAAGACAUUUUCCAAAUAAGCACUAAAAAUCUUGGAUUGUGCCUCUCUUGUAAGUCUGUGAGUGUUGUGACCUCUACAUGCCAAAAUAAAACAUCAAAAUGUGUUCUCAGCAGGGACGCUUGGCUGUGUUUGGUUGGCUUUGUGACAUGUGUACUGGUAUUUUUCUUUCUGAGCGAUUUUGUGUCUUGUUUUUAAAGUAUGCUUUGCUGAUUAAAAAAACAAAAAAGCACAUUCUAUGAUUGUUCUUCACAUUGUGGUGACUCUACCUUGUCCUGACGAAAGCUAAUUAAAAACAAAGCGGUAAAUUUCUUAAUCUGUCACAGCUUAUGACAUAAAUGUACAUACAGUGUUCUGCAAAUAUUUCCUAAUAUUGUCAGUUCCUGGCCGCAGCCCAAGUCUCUGGGCAGCAUUUCUGUCAUCGGUUCUUUGAUCAUGUCGGCCUGUAGACACUGUCAGGUCCUAUAUCAUUCCCAUGGAGAGAAGAUCUUGUGUGUCGGGAAAGUCUACAUCUUGGCCCAACAGAACGGAACAGGCAUCUCUCAUACAUUCCUCAAAUACUCUGUGUAUUUAAUCACUUGUUUUUCUGUUUCAAAAUAGUGAUCUCAGCUUCCUCAAGACAUUCGCAAAGUUGUGACUUAGCAAAGUUUGGAACACAGUGCCGAUCUCCUUACCAGGGUGCUUGUGUCCCGUUUGGAUUGAUUUGAAGUUCAAGGCUUAGCCACGUAAGACCAGAGUCACUCCAUGUUAUUUCUGAGGCUGCGUGCUAUUCCUCAAGUAUGACAUUUACUGGUUGACGUUAGUGUCAUUUGUUUAGAGCGGUCAGACUGUGCGCUGAACUCGUAGAAGCUCCUCUGAGGCCAGAUCACAGUUCUCUGGCUUUGCACCUCUAGGAAUUCGUAUGGUGCCUGGCACAUCGUAGGCACUCGGUCCUCGGUCCUUUAAUGCUUUCCAGGAGAGGAGGAAGGGACGGAA